GGCAGAGUAUCCUUAUCUUAUAGGUCUAGCAUCUCUUAGCUUCUACUAUGUUUCGAUUUUAUUCUCCACCUUGAUUUGGCAGAUUUCCUCAAGGCAUGCAAAGUAUAUAUACUUGCCGGAAUGCUGCCACCAAAAGCGUCGGUGUUGUGCACAUGAGGAGAUAGGCUGCCACUGUUUCAACAAAAUAUUGUACCUGUUAUGAAAUUGAAAUUUGAAGCCAGAAACUCAGAAUACUUUCCUUCUUCAUCAGGCAUGAAGUAAACUUAGGCACAUCAAGUCCAUGACCACCUCAACAAGUAAUCUGAUACAAAGAUAGCCUAAGCUUGAAAGAAAUGAAAUCUCCUUUCUGCAAUUAAUUAAGAAUUGAGUACGAUUAAAGUAGAUUUUGUCAUGUAAGAGAAAACCGUAUGAUUACAUGGUUUGCUGCUACAUCUUCUGCUUUAUAAUCUUGCCCCAUUAUCAUUCACCACUCACCAGGGAAGCUUCAACCAGUUUUCAGCAGCUCUCUUCUAUCCAAACAGGAAUUAAAAUGCAAGGAAUUUCUAGGGCUGUGAGAUCAUGCCAGGAAAUCCUCAAAGCUGCAGCUCUGGACCAUCCGCACGGGAGAGGAAUUGCUAGGAUAGAAAAGUUAGGUUCAACUUGUAAAUGGGUUAGCUCUCCAGCUCUCAAAGGAUUGGAGAAUGUAACUGUGGAAGAUGUACUAACGAACAAGAACGACGGAACUGGACCUUGGCUCUGGUGCCACACAGAUGACACUGUAAUUGAUGCAGUAAAAAAUAUGGCUAAGAACAAUAUUGGAUCAUUAGUAGUACUUGAGCCUGGAGAGCAACAAUAUAUUGCAGGAAUCAUCACAGAAAGAGAUUAUCUGAGGAAAAUAGUUGCACAGGAUAGAUCUCCCAUCUAUACUAGGGUUGGAGAGAUUAUGACUAAUGAGAACAAAUUAAUAACAGUGACAUCUGACACAAACAUUCUUCAGGCAAUGCAACUUAUGACAGAGAAUCAAAUACGGCAUGUACCGGUCGUAGAUGGCAAGCUAGUUGGUAUGAUUUCGAUCAAAGAUGUUGUUCGAGCAGUGGUUGAGCAGCAAAGCGGGGAACUGAAGCAACUAAAUCAGUACAUUAGAGGAGAAUACUAUUAAAUCUUAUAGAAUCAUUCAAGUUUCAAUUUAUGUUCACCAAUACCAUUGUAAGAAACAUAAGCACAAACCUGUAGCUACUUCCUACAUAAGGUUUUCUAGUUCAA